GUCUAAAAUUGCACAUGACUUUGACACUUAUACUGUAUUUUGGUAGUCCACACCAUUUUGCGGUCUUUGGAAAGUAUUAAUAUUAAAAUUGCCUAGUUUGUAACAUUAGGAAAUAUUGGACUUAGAGCCAUGGCUAUUUUUCCCCAACAAUAUAGUAUAUAACAAUGUCAGGAUGGACAGCAGUAUUUAUACCAUAGUGAGAGCUGGGACUAAGAGUUGGGAUUUGAUUGAAGUAAAUUCACACCAUGCUAUAUCUAGAAAGCUGGAUAGCUUAACCUGUGAUUCAGAAUACCUUGAAGCAAUUAAAUCACUCAAGCCAAGGAAAAAAUACAUGAAUGAAGGUUUACACUUCUGUGUUUUCUUAAAAGAGUUAAAGAUUUCAAAAACUUUCAGGUCCUCUUUCAUUAGUCGUGCCAUGUCUCAGAAUGUGCACAAAAAAACUCACUCAACAAAAAAUGAAAAUAUACCAAAUAUAAUCUUAUGGACAAUAUGUGACAGCAUACCACAUAUUAUUGACAAAGAAUGGUGUGUUCGGAUGAAUGAAUGUGCUGUUGACCGUCAGAAUCUAGACACAGUCAUGUCCUGGCUGUCAACACUAGGAGGUGCCUGCUCAGCCCUAGGUGAUUAUGACACUCAGUUUGCAAAGAGGGCGGGUGAAAUAUCCGUUAAGCAAAUGGAAAUCGCCCUGCGUCUUGGUGACCCAUUUGUGAUGUCUCGAUGCCGUCUCUAUUUAGCUAUAUCUAUGAUACAGCAAAGAAGAUUCAAGGGAGCCUCGGCAAUUGUGCGAUACGAGUACCACAAUGCACACACCUUACCCAAAGAGGCAAGAGAUCACCGUCUUAUUAAAAUGUGUCAUGGGAUAUGGACCAAAUUAAGGCACGAAAGAAGAUUGCACAGACUUAGUACAAAGAUUAAUUCAAGUCGGACUGUUUAACAUCGUUUGACAUGACCAGUAAAGAUUGAUUUCACUGAAGAUGUGUUUGAUGUACUGGCUAGAGAAUCUGUGACCCCCAUCCCUGUAUCACCCCCAAGCUAUCCAUAAUCUUUCUAUUAUACUGAGUUUGUGCGCCAUUUUGUCUUACACUCACUCUCCAGCUUUAGCAUUAAAUGAAGUAGACUCAGGUAGUGUUUGCAAGGUGAAAAAGGGCCACUUAAGAUUGAUGUUUUUCUUUGCAUUGCUAUUUUCCAUAGACUCCCAGGUGAAAGACAUUUUUUAUGUAGAAAAGUUAUUUUAAGUUUAUUUUCCUUUCUUGUGUGUAAUAUGUAAAUCGUAAAAAAUAUAUAUAUAUAUACAUUAUAUAUAUAUAUAUAUAUAUAUAUAUAUAUAUAUAUAUAUAUAUAUAUAUAUAUAUAUAUAUAUAUAAUAUAUAAUAUCAUUCUAUUUUUCAUGGUUAUAAUGCUCUAGGAAUGAUUUAGUAAUCUGCUCUGAGGUUUAGAAUACUUUUAUAUUUUCUGAAAUUUGUCAAGAAAAUAAUGUGCUUUCAGUAGUGUCUUACAAUUUUUCACAACUUUAUAAUGUAAUUUCAAAAGAUGUUCUCGUAAGGAAAUAUCACACAAAUAGAACUAACAAUAUUCUAAAUUAUUUCAUGUCCUUAAUUUGCAUAGUAAAUUAUUAUACAUGUCCAUCUUCAGUUUUACAGUUUAAGAAAAGCUCAGUACUGCCUUUUAUUGUAAUAAAACGUCACUAAAAAAUUAUAGAAGAUAUUCACAUUCUUUUGUCUUCAGUCUGAGAGGUGAUGUCAUUGAAAACCGAGGUAGUUCUUCAUAAAAGAAACUAAAUUAAAUGCAAAGGAAGUCAUAGUCAAAGAUUCAACUAAAGACAUCUUAGAUAGCAAGUGAACUGACCUGAAAGAUGCUGCAGGAGCUGGUAUAUUUUUACCAUUACUGAUCCAAAAAUGAGUAAAUGCCAUGAAGAUAGCUUGAAUUGAUAUGUGCACAGUACCAGAUAUUCAUAUAAGAACCUCUCUGCAGCAGCUCAUUCAAUAUUGCAAAUGUUUAUGUGAGGGAAGCUCGAUGUAAUAUUAGGUUUUCUACUUUUUUGUGAAUGGAUGGGAGAUACUAAUGAGUUACCAGAAAAUAUAUGGUAACUCAAGCACUACUUAUCAUCCUUUACCUCUUCCCAACCAUUAUCGAUUAGUGCAUGUGGACCGAGAUGGUGAGCCUGUAGACUUUAACCACAACUCUUAAGUCAUCGCCAACUAGAUUUUCAGAGGAAAACAUUUUCUUGAGGCUUGAGUUCGUCAUAAGUAUGCGUAUUUUUGAGGGUUGUAUUGUAAUCUCCAGCCUGGAACAACUUUUACUGCUCAUGCUUUUUCUUUUUUGUCAUGUAUAUCCCCUUUUUUUCUACAACUGUAUUUUUAUAUGUGAUUUCUUGAAAUGUUAAAGCUAAUAUAAACCCAGAUGUUUUGUUAUGAUUGGAUUUGUGUAUUAGUAAUGUCUUAAUUUUUCUGUAUAGAAUCUUUAAUAAAUGCUAAGAGACUUAC